CCCAAGAAGAAAUCCCCGGUUAUUUAAUCCAAGUACUAUCGAGUCACGGAUACGCACUGCCCACAGUUUUCAAACUCGGUUGAUCGCUCAAUUAAAAAAAAAUUGGCCCCCUUGACUACCAAAGACGAGCAUCAUGAGCCGAGCUAUUGAAGAGCGCUUCUACAAUGAGCUGAAGGACUCGCCUCGCCCUUACUACCCGUUCCCUGAUUUUGUUAGCCCGCACAUCGAAGAGCUCGUUGCCGAGUAUUACCAAUGGAUUGACAUCGACUGUCGGUUCGAAUCGAAGACUGCUCGUGAUAGGCAUAAGCGACAUCGACUCUCGGAUCUCGCUGCUCGCGGGUUCCCAUGGCUGACGUUGGAGGAGCUUCGCCCUGUGGCACGGUUCACCGCAUUCUUUGCCAUUCUCGAUGACUAUAUGGACCGCAGUAGCCGUGACGAGCUGGGCCAUGUCAAGGAAAAGGUGUCUGCUAUCCUCAACGGCCAAGACAGCAGUGAGCCGGACCAGGGGCUCUACCGUCAGGUCUAUCUAGUCCGACAAGAGGCUCUCGCUUGUGGGAUGCCACAACAUCUGUACCAACAGUGGGUUGACUCUAUCCUGGCGAUGAUGAUGGGAUAUGGGGACGAGAAGAAGCACAACGCGGCUGGCAAACCAGCACCGUUACCGACGUUCAAAGCGAUUCGUCGACAAACCUCUGGGGGCAUUUGCUUUGCCAAGUACCUGUGCAUGCAAAAGAACUACCGUUUCCUCCCCGACCAAGUCCUCCUCGAUCCGAGUAUACUUCGAAUGCACGAGCUCGCCGGGAGCCUCAUCGGUUACCACAACGACUUCAUCUCGCUGCCCAAAGAGCUGGCCCGCAAAGGAGACGUCGUCAACCUCAUCAUUACCGUCCAACACGAGUCCGGGCUGAGCCUGCAAGAUGCCUGUCGGAAGGCGCUUAGGAUACACGACGAGGACCUGGAGGAGUUCAUCCGCCUGCAGAACGGGCUGCCCGACUUUGGACCAAGUCAGCGACUGGCCCAAGAGUACGCGAGAGACCUCGGCAUCAUGUUGCAGGGCGUCUACUCGUGGCACACCAAGAGCACCGGCCGCUAUGUUCCCGGCGCCUACGUUGAGCCCGAGCACGAGAAGAAGAACAGCGGCGCCGGAGCAAAACUUGCAGUUGGGUCUUCGUCUCCGUUCAUGUACGGCCGUGUUGUGCGACCCGCCGCCGAUCGGGUGUGGCAGCCUGUUCGCGCACAGCUACAUGCAUUCGGCUUCCAAGUGUGGCACCUGGGCCUGCUCUGUCUUUUCUUUGGCCUGACCCUCUUCACGGGUUAUCUGUUUACUGGCUGGGGGGACGUGUUGCAUGGCCUGUUACACAAAUGCGGCUGAACGGUGGGAACCAUGCAAUAGAUCUGUUUCAGGUUCAGCGAGGGGUGGUCAUGUUCUUGGCUGGUGAGCCAUAACGAGAACGGGAAAUACUUGUACGCCUCCAACUUAUCAUCUCAUAGCGUUAUUCAUUUUGCCGUAUAUUCGAUUAUGAUGAGUCUGAUUUAAUUUCUCGAGGGGAUCGCGCACUUAGCUUAGUGAUAUGCGCGUUUGGCUCUAGUCCAUUCAAUCCAAGUCGAGGUGAGUACGACCCUGACAAGCAGAUGGUGCGAUUAGGUAAAUGGCGCCACAUUUUAAGACAAGGUCAACGAGUUGGAAUCCGGAGCUUCCUUCGACCGGAUAACCCGAGGUCAGCGGCAAACGAUACCGACAAGGCGGAAGCCGACGAUGAAGCCGACGAUGAAGUUAGCGAAGCGAUAGCUUAUCGCCGCGA